UUGCGCAAGGACUCAGACGCAUGCUCGUGUGAGUAGACAUGGAGCGAGUGCUCGUGUGAAUCCGACUCUAUUCGUUAGCUGUUCGUUUAUCUUCGUACACCAUUCGGCAUGUUCCGCCCAUACCUCGGAUUCUGUCGAUCGUGAAUUAGGGCUGUAUUUCGUCCCCCUCGAUCUCUGUGUUGUUGUCCUCGGUGACGCGACGGAGGUGUAGCCUGACGCGGUCUCUUACGUGUCGGACUAAAUAAAAGUGGAGCUCCGGAGGCCUGGGAGUGACGAGGCGAGUCUGUGUCGGGCUAUCUAAAUGACCAUGGAGGCAGGAGCAGAUGUCCAGCAGGGCGGUGACACUGCGGUCUCAGAGACAGACGCUCAGCAGAUUGCCACUUUGGCACAGGUUUCGAUGGCUGCAGCACAGGCAUCAGCUACUGCACCCACAGUGACCUUAGUUCAGCUGCCCAAUGGGCAAACAGUGCAAGUUCACGGGGUCAUCCAGGCAGCCCAGCCCUCCGUCAUACAAUCCCCACAGGUGCAAACUGUACAAAUUUCAACCAUUGCUGAGAGUGAUGAUUCUCAGGAGUCAGUGGACAGUGUGACAGAUUCCCAGAAGAGGAGAGAGAUCCUGUCUAGACGGCCAUCAUACAGAAAGAUCCUGAACGACCUUUCAUCCGAUGUUCCAGCGGUCCCACGGAUAGAAGAAGAGAAAUCAGAGGAGGAUUCCACUCCAGCCAUAACAACCGUUACCGUGCCAACGCCUAUCUACCAGACAAGUAGUGGGCAGUACAUUGCUAUUACUCAGGGGGGAGCGAUCCAAUUAGCCAAUAACGGAACAGAUGGAGUUCAAGGGCUACAAACCCUGACUAUGACGAACGCAGCAGGCGCUCAGCCCGGCACCACCAUCCUGCAAUAUGCACAGACCAGCGACGGACAGCAGAUACUGGUGCCUAGUAAUCAAGUGGUUGUGCAAGCGGCCUCAGGAGACGUUCAGGCAUAUCAGAUCCGCACCGCAGCUGCUAGCACCAUUGCUCCAGGUGUGGUCAUGGCCUCGUCUCCUGCACUGCCCAGCCAGGGAGGAGCUGAGGAGGCCACUCGCAAGCGGGAGGUUCGGCUAAUGAAGAACAGGGAGGCAGCACGGGAGUGCCGCAGGAAAAAGAAAGAGUACGUUAAAUGUCUGGAAAACAGAGUGGCCGUGUUGGAGAAUCAGAACAAAACGCUCAUUGAGGAGCUCAAAGCGCUUAAGGACCUUUAUUGUCACAAAUCUGAAUAAUUGGCCUCACGCAUACAUGCUGAAUGGAUCUCUUCUGGUGCCUCAAGAGACAGAGACUCUAAACAUACCACAGGCACCUGCACAGCAUCUCUUUUUCAUUUCAUUUUUUUUUUUAAUUUUUUUUUUUAAAUAUUCUCUUCUGUAAAAAUCCAGUUAUCAGGAAUACAUUGUAAGUUUGUAAGUGUAAACUUUUUAUUUCUCUUUUCUCUUCAAAAGAAAGAGAGUCGGUUUCGAAGAAAAAAACGAAAUGCAGGGUACAGUUUCGUUAUCAAACAUGUUGCCCUACUUUAGGAGCGUUGUGAACCAUAAAGAGCACCUUUCAGCUGCAGCCGUGACAGGGAAUGAAUGUUUGUGUGGGUUUAUCAUGAAAACAGCUUCUUCUGAGACCUGCUCCUGUCACUCUGAGGUUCCCAUUUGAAAGACUUUCCCACAAUGCACCAGUCGUUGAUGGCGCUGCUUGCGAGCAUGAUUAAAGAAGGGUGGAUUUUUCACUUUUGCAGCAUGGGUCUUUAAUGAUUGAGAUUAAAUCAGCUGUGCCCUCUCCUGUUGUUUAACUGCUUCUGUUACUAAUACAUAUACUCAUAUUUUUGUUCUUAUCAAGACAUGCAGAUAUAUAUAUAUAUAUAUAUAUAUAUAUGCCUCUGUUAUGACUUGGUUUGAUAUGUAAUGCGCCAUUGUCUAUUUUUUUUUUUUUUUUUUUUUUUAAAACAGUGUUUAUUUUGUUACAAAAUUAAGUGCUAUAAGGAGAAACUCAGUCACAUUUGUUAACAGAAAAUAGCGGACCCUUUGAAACUUGGAAUGAUAACGUUGGAAAAAGUGUUGUAAAGUAAAUGAUAUAUACUAUGUGAUUUUCAGUGAGAAUUUGAUAGCCCAUAAUCAGAAAAUCAUUUUUUAAACUUGUAAGUGUGCUUAUAUUGUAAUAUAUUGGAUUUCUUCAUCUAUGCUAGACUUUACAGGUCAUUCUGGUGCCAUCUACACUGAUCAGAGUCUAAUUGUGUUGAUUCCCUUAUAUUUUGAUCUCUGAUCAAUGGAAAAGGAUUUUUUUUUUUUAUGUUCCACAUUGCAAUGAAAUGCUGAUCUUAUUCUCUUCUAUGUUUUGCCAUAACAUGUACCUAUCCACAACAACAGAACAUACAUGUUAUUUUUACUUUUUUUUUUUUUUUCCUGUUAAACUUUUUUUUUUUUUUUUUUUUAAUGUAAUGUAUUUUUAAGAUAUGUUGCUUAUGUGUAACCUAAAUCAGUUAUAAAGCAUUCUGGUGCAGUCUUUCAUCAACAAUUAUAUAUCUGGCAGCUGUUCAUAAUCUGAUGUGUUGAGGAAGUUUUUAUUUUCAGAGUUUAUCUGGAAUGUUUGUGAAGAUUAAAUAUCAUUAUUUAAUCUUCCAGGGUUGUUCAGACCAGCAAAUUUCAGUUCAAACCUACUUCAGACCUGUCUAUAAUUGGUUUUGGUUAAUUCAUUUUAGAGUUGGAAAUAAUCCCUGCAGAAAGGUCUGAUCAACCUUAAAGCCGCAAAAUGGGUUGUGUUCAGAAUACUCUAUACUUUAUACUGUUUUAUCAGUAUGAUAUCAUUCAGUAAUCAUUCAGUUUUUUAAAGAAAAUACUUUUAUUCAGCAAGGAUGCUUGAUCAAAUGUGACAGUAAAGACUACAAAAGAUUUCUAUUUCAAAUAAAUGUUCUUUUUACAUUUAUUCAUCAAAGAAUCCUCAAAUAAAGUAUAGUUUCCACAAAAAUAUUAAGCAGCAGAUCAACAUUGAAAAUAAGGUGAUGCUUUACAACAAGGUUUCAUUAGCUAACAACAUUAGUUAACAUGAACUAACAAUGAACUAAAAUACUUCUACAGCAUUGAUUAAUCUUAAAUCAAUGUUAAUCUCAACAUUUACUAAUACAUUUUUAAGAUCCAAAGUUGUAUCUGUUAACAUUAGCUAAUGCACGGUGAACUAACAUAAACAUGAAGAUUUUUAACUAAAAUUAACAAAUGUUAAUAAAUGCUGUAAAAAUAUA